AGGUCGCCCUCUAGCGGCCAUAAAGUCGUCAGUCAUCUAGCAGAAGCCUCGCCGAAGAAGAUCUGCAGAGACCAGACCAAGAACUCCUGUUUGCAGCACUUGGGACUAUUUCAAGUAGUUUAGGUGACAUCUGGGAAGGUUUUGUGGAACGUCUCCUCGUUGGAGUGUGACGUGGGAAGUCCACGCGGACCUGCGCACUACUUUCUCUUCGCAGCUGCGGAGUCAUCUUUUGUGGACGGAUAUGAGCCUGAGGAGCCUGCUGGUCUUCUUGUCCUGGUUCUUCUACCUCACAGCAGUGAGUGGAAGCCCAGACUCCAGUGACGUAGCAGAGGAGGACCACACCACCCAUGUAGACUAUGACAGUCUAUACUGGUGUCACUCUCCACGCUUGACCAAUGGUGAGGCCACCUGCCACUCCCCCAGGGGCCGAGCCUACCGGACCACCCAGGGCACGCGCUGCAACAUGCGCUGCGACCGCGGAUACCGCCUGUCGGGCAGCAGCUCCAUCCAAUGCAUGGCCGAUCGCCGCUGGUCCGGGACGUCCAUGUGUCGCAAGAUUCGCUGCCCCGUGUUGCCGCUCAUCCCGCACGGCAGGUACACCUGCACCCAAGGCUUUGUGGUGGACUCCAGAUGCGACUUCACCUGCUCCCCCGGCCACCGCAUCGAGGGGGAGCACUCGCGCACCUGUCAGCACGGGGGGGCUUGGAGUGGGGCACAGCCAAUCUGUUCAGACACGGAACCUCCAAAAAUCAAGUGUCCGCGAUCCAGAAUCAAGUUCGCCGACCCUGGAAAACUGACUGCCAGGGUGAGCUGGGAUGCCCCGCUGGCCACAGACACAGCUGACAAAGUCCUGGAUGUGAUUUUAGUAGGACAGCAGCCAGACAGCGACUUCAGCGAGGGAGCUAACGUCAUCCGCUACAAAGUCUUUGACCAAGCCAGAAACAGAGCUGCCUGCAAGUUCAUCAUCCGGGUGGAGGUGAGGAGAUGCCCCGCCCUGGCCCCGCCUUUGCACGGCUCCCUGGUCUGCUCCUCCGAUGUCACCAACUACGGCGCCACCUGCGAGUACCACUGUGAUGGCGGCUACCAGCGUGGGGGCGUGGCCAGUCGGAUGUGCCAGUUGGACCGCAGCUGGAGCGAUGAGGCGGCAGAGUGCGUUGCCACGGAGAUCAAGUCUGACGUGAAGACGGCGUCGGCUCUGCUGGCUCAGUUCUUCCAGAAGAGGCGCCUUUUGAUCGUGUCGGCGCCCGACAUCACCGACGCCGACUACGAGAUGCAGAGCUUCAUGAUGCAAAAAAGCCAGUGUGGACUGGAACUGAGACACUUGACGCUGGUGGAGCUGCUGGGCUCGCCGCCUGACUGCAGCGGACGCAUCCAGGACCACAAUCUGACCGCACAAGUCGUGGACGAGUUGAGACAAACAUUCCGCAUCCCCACGUCCUCCUUCAGCAUGGUGCUGGUGGACAUGGGGGGGCUUGACCGGGAGCGCUUCAUCCUCCCCAUGGCGUCGGAGGAUCUCUUCUCCUACAUCGACAGCUUUGAGCUGGAUGAGGAGGAGCGAGAGAAGCUGGAGCUUCACAAACACCUCUGUGACUAAGUCCAGAGAGUGAGCACGCCAGGAUGGAGCCUACUCCAGUGCUUUCUGCAGCCACAACACACAAGUAUGUCCUUCUUCAAAUGAAAAAUAAAAGAGUACAAGUGCCAAAUGUCAGAUGCCUUCACUUUGUCACUUGAAUAAAGAAUCUGUUUCAAAAUGAA